GAGGCCACGGCUGGCCAGAAUGAAAUGUCUGGGCAGUUUGGCUAUGAUCUGAUCAAUGUGAAUGGAUUUAAAGCACUGAAAAGUCCGACUGAAUUCCAUGAGCAAAGAAAAAAUUUGGAUAGCGACAAGACUGAAGAUUCCCUGAAGCGCAAGGCCAGAAACAGGUCCAGCCGAGCCGAUUUGGUUAAUAUGCACAUACUCCAAGCCUCCACUGCAGAGAAGUCCAUUCCAACCACUCAGAUGAAGCUGAAAAGAGCCCGACUCGCAGAUGAUCUCAAUGAAAAAAUUGCUCUCCGACCAGGGCCGCUGGAGCUGGUGGAGAAGAACAUACUCCCUGUGGAUUCUGCUGUGAAAGAGGCCAUAAAAGUAAUGCUAAGAUUUGGAUUUCAGGAUCUUGCUUCUGGCUCAGAAAAUGAGAGGAGUGACUCAGCGUCACAGCCUGGCAACCAGUCAGACACGGGGAAGCAGGGGCUCGGCGCUCUCAGUGCCCCCACCCCCGUGCAUGCUGCUGUCAAGGCCAAGCCCUUGGCUGACAGUAAGAACCGCCACAAAAAGCCCAAGGACCCCAAGCCGAAGGUGAAGAAGCUCAAAUACCACCAGUACAUUCCCCCAGACCAGAAGGCAGAGAAGUCCCCUCCGCCCAUGGACUCCGCCUACGCCCGGCUGCUCCAGCAGCAGCAGCUGUUCCUGCAGCUUCAGAUCCUCAGCCAGCAGCAGCAGCAGCAGCAGCACCGAUUCAGCUACCCCGGGAUGCACCAAGCUCAGCUGAAAGAACCAAACGAACAGAUGGUCAGAAAUCCAAACUCUUCUUCAACACCACUGAGCAAUACCCCUUUGUCUCCUGUCAAAAACACUUUUUCUGGACAAACUGGUGUCUCUUCUCUCAAACCAGGCCCACUCCCACCUAACCUGGAUGAUCUGAAGGUCUCCGAAUUAAGACAACAGCUUCGAAUACGGGGCUUGCCCGUGUCAGGCACCAAAACGGCCCUCAUGGACCGGCUCCGACCCUUCCAGGACUGUUCUGGCACCACCGUGCCGAACUUCGGGGACAUCACGACGGUCACCUUCCCCGUGACACCCAACACGCUGCCCAAUUACCAGUCCUCCCCCUCGGCCGGGGCCUUAUCCAAUGGCUUCUACCACUUCGGCAGCACCAGCUCCAGCCCCCCCAUCUCCCCGGCCUCGUCCGACCUGUCUGUGGCCGGGUCCCUGCCGGACACCUUCAACGACGCAUCCCCGUCCUUCGGCCUGCACGCGUCCCCGGCGCACGUGUGCACGGAGGAGAGUCUCCUGAGCAGCCUCAACGGGGGCUCUGUCCCCUCCGAGAUGGACGGGCUGGACUCCGAGAAGGACAAGAUGCUGGUGGAGAAGCAGAAGGUGAUCAACGAGCUCACCUGGAAACUCCAGCAGGAGCAGAGGCAGGUGGAGGAGCUGAGGAUGCAGCUGCAGAAGCACAAGAGGAGCAGCUGCGCAGAGAAGAAGCCACCGCCCUUCUUGGCUGCACCCAUCAAGCAGGAGGACGCCGUCUCCAGCUGUCCUUUUGCGUCCCAGCAGGUAUCUGUGCAAAGACAGAACAGCUGCUCGGAGAGUCAGCCCCCGGCCUGCGAGGCUGCUCCGCUCCUGCCCCUUGGAAAAGCUCACGGCGGGGAGUCCUCAGGUCAAAGCAACGUCCUUGCUUCCACGUUCCUCAGCCCCCAGUGCUCCCCCCAGCACUCACCCCUUGGGGCUGUGAAGAGCCCGCAGCACAUCAGUUUGCCCCCGUCGCCCAACAACCACUACUUCCUACCCACCUCUUCCGGGGCGCAGGGGGAAAGCCACAAGGUCUCCUCACCUGCCGGCAGCCAGGUGUGCACCGCACAGAAUUCAGGGGCACACAAUGGCCAUCCUCCAAGCUUCUCUUCACAGUCUUCCAGCCUCCACCCCCCUUUCUCUGGAGCCCAGGCAGACAGCAGUCACAGUGCUGGGGGCAACCCUUGUCCCAAAAGCCCAGGUAUACAGCAAAAGAUGGCUGGUUUACACCCUGCUGAUAAGGCAGGGCCAAAGUUUCCAAUUCCAUCCCCAACUUUUUCUAAGUCAAAUUCAGCAGCGUCAGAGAUAACACAGCCUCCCUCAUAUGAAGAUGCCGUAAAGCAGCAAAUGACUCGGAGCCAGCAGAUGGAUGAACUCCUGGACGUCCUCAUUGAAAGUGGAGAAAUGCCAGCUGAUGCCAGAGAGGAUCACUCAUGUCUUCAAAAAGUCCCAAAGAUACCCGGGCCUUCCCGAAGCCCUGCUGCUGUCCUCACCAAGCCCUCAGCUUCCUUCGAACAAGCGUCCUCAGGAGGCCAGCUCCCCUUUGACCAUUAUGCCACUGAUAACGAGGAGCAUCUGGAAGUCUUAUUAAAUUCCCAGAGCCCCUUAGGAAAGGUGAGCGAUGUCACCCUUCUAAAAGUUGGAAACGAGGAGCCUCCUUUUGAAGGGAUAAUGGAUGGAUUCUCUGGGAAGGCUGCAGAAGACCUCUUCAGUGCUCACGAGAUCUUGCCAGGCCCCCUGUCCCCGAUGCAGACACAGUUUUCACCCUCUUCUGUGGACAGCCAUGGGCUGCAGUUAAGCUUCACUGAAUCUCCUUGGGAAACCAUGGAGUGGCUGGACCUCACGCCACCAAGUUCCACACCAGGUUUUAGCUCCCUCACCACGAGCGGCCCCAGCAUCUUCAACAUUGAUUUCCUGGAUGUCACGGAUCUCAAUUUGAAUUCCCCCAUGGACCUUCACUUGCAGCAGUGGUAGAAUGUCAGAUGCAAUAGUGCUCAGGAAGACUGGUAGGAAUUCCAUAGAGGAAGCACACACCAUAAAUACUGAUAUGACCCAAGGAAAAAAGAAGGGAAUAAAAAGAACCAGUGGAGACUUCCGUGACAAUCAACAAAAACAAAUGAGUCAUUUUAAAAAAUAUAUAUGUAAUGUAAAAUUUACCAAAAUUCAGUAACUGUUCAUGAUUUCAGCAAUGCAUUCAAAAAUGUGCUUUCUCAGAUGAAGGAUGCCAAAAAGCAUUCUUUCACUGCCCCUUCAAAUACCAAUAUUUUUUCUAGCCCAUCAUUUUUCUCAGGCAUUGUUGGAGCAUAAGCUCACACUGUAAGCUUUUCUCAUGAAUUUACUAGAUGUACUGAGGAAACAAAAAGUCUUUGGGAGUACAGGGAAGCCAGUCCCUCAAAGACAUGCCCAUGGUGGAGGCCACUUCCCGUGUCUCCUUUACCUGUCUUUCAAAAGAGAAGUCAGGCCCAGCUUCAGUUAGGGAGUCCCUGAGACAGAAGAGAGGGACUGAACCAAUCCCAUUCCCAGGGGAGCAGAAUCAACUCAAUGUCCUUUCACCACAAGACUGCCUCGCUGGAGUGGUUCGGACUGUGUAUCCAGGACUCUUUGUGGUCACUGAUAUUAACUAACCUGCUUUGAGUCCAGAGAACUCCACCCAGAACUUUUUUCCAUCAGUAGCUUAAUCAUUCCAACCAUCUCAGUGCUGAUAAGCAUUGUGUGAUAAGUGAGAACCCUGAAGCAAGAAAAUCUCCUGCCACGGAAGGGAUAUCUCACGUUCUCUGACAUAACCCCCUUUAGUUCCAGAGACUAGAGAUGACCACAUAGGCAGACAGAAAGAUGUGUCUAGGCACAGGAAGCCAUACCAGGGAUCAUUUAGGCAGAACUAGGAAACAUCGUUGGGGGUGUCAGUUUAUUUUUCUCCCACUCCACUUUUCUUUCAAGAUGCCAAUCCUUUCUUGCUCCUCUUUUAACCAUCUGCCUCUUUCUGCCCCAGUAUUGGGAGGAGAGGAAUUCUCAGCUCUAACAAGCUGCCAUACUUCUAAUGAAGCCAUUUAAAAAAAAAAAAAAAAAAAGUUAAAAAUCCAGGUUCUCCUGGAGAACUCAGUCUCCAUAUGCAUAGUUUGCUGCAAAAGGAAGUCAGAAGAAUUUUCUUAGGGAGAAACCGGUGACUUGGUCCAUCCGUCACAAAGCUCAUCCUACUCUCAUUUGACUGAUAAACAAUCAUUGAUUUGUAUUGCUCUGGGGAAAUUGGAAAUCAUUGCAUUGUAAAGAUAAAUAUGGAUGAUAUUUACAGGACAGAGUACUUCAGGUCUGGGUUUCUGAAAGAAAACACAAUUGCACAUUGAAAACGAUGGAAGGAAAGAAGACAGUAGUCUCAAGCGCUUCCUCGUUAUCUCUUGUGCUUUGGCUGGGAGUUAAAAGAAACUCAGAUUGCAGGAUGGUCUCUCUAAGGCUCACUGUAGCUCCAGUUCACCAUGUUAGAGUGUUGCAUGCUGUAGAAAGUAGCUAUUGCUGUUGUUGUUUAAUUUAAAUCACUAAGGCACUGUUUUCUUCUUUUGUAAAAAAUGUUGUUCACUGUGCACUUAUAGAGGAAAUAAUCAAAAAUGUUGUGAUUUUAGAAUUUCUCCUUUUGGUAAACCAAAGAUUUAGAAGUCAUUCCAUUGUUAACUUGUAAAAAUGUGUGAACACAGUGUUUUUGGUGACUGCUACUCUGAAAGCUGCCAGAUCUUAUUGAGGGGGUGGAAUAUACAUGUAUAUAUACAUCCAUGUGCAUGUAUGUAUAUAUACACAUGCGUACAGACAUAGACAUAUGUGUAUGUCAUGUGCGUGUACAGACAUGACAUACACAUAUAUCGUACACAUAUAUGUAUACAUACAUGCACACACAUAUAGGGGUGUUUGGGUGUAUCUUGAAAAGCAGUGUUACAGUGUUCUGUACCAAAAGCCUUUAACCCUCAAUCUGCUGUGAAUGAUACCUGGCCUUUCUCACUACGAGUUCCUUAUUAAUCAACCAGACCACACAUUGCCUCUCUGUGUAUGACUAAUGGUUCCAACCCAAUGACUCACAGACACUUGCUUACCAUGAACAGGCUCAUCUUGGCAAUGAAUAUGGAUGUGUAAAACGGCUUCACCAUGUGCAGCUGGAAAUGGGAAUGCAUCUCCCUCUUGGAGAAGAGCGUAAAAGGAACACGAACAUCGGUUUACAUUCCUUGACCUGCAUUGUGCUUUAAAAGAUCCACAUGGUAAAUUUUUCGUUUGGCUUUUAUGUCAUCAUCAGAACCAAAAAUCUAGAGGGGAACACUGCUAGUUUCUCUUUGAAGAGAAAGCUAUGAGGAAGAAAACCCUAUCGACACAUUCCACGCAUUCGUUUAUUCCUCAGAUGUUGACAUUUUAUUUGGGUCUUGACAAAGCUUGCUGGUUACACUUUUCAGGUGCCACAUUUUGCUAUUUGUAUGUUAUUUUUUCCCCCUUACUUCCUUUGGAAAACAAACUCACAUGGUGUCCCUACUCUGAGACCCCUGGUCUGAGUGUUAAUUAUUUUUUUCCUUUGGGUAUUUCUAUCUGUGGGACUAGACCUGUUUUGGAGGCCUCUGUAUUUUGCCAGACUGUGCCUCUCCAUUGGGACCUUUUUAGGAUAUUACCCAGAACUGAUAUAUAUGCCUCACAGUGGACAAAACAGAUAAGGUGGCUUCUGUGACUAUUGUAAACCAACAUAAUUAGAAGAGCAGGUCCCUGGAUAACUGGUCAACCUCCACCUGCUGUCUCCACACACCAGGUUCGCCCUUUCUCUUCAUAGAUCAGAUGCAAGAUUUGGGGAGAAAACAAACUGGAGAUAAUCAGGAGACAGAUGAACUUGGCUGCUCCCAGCGGAGAAAAUAACUUAUGUUAGUUCAUCUGUCUCCUAUUGGGGAUUAUUAUUUUAAAUUCUUUUAAACUCUUAGUUGUCUUGUCUUUUAUGGUGACAAACUGGGCAUGACUAAAAGUUAGGCAGAGACUAAUGGAGAUGGCCACAUUCAAGUUUCUUAAUGCUCUUGGAGCCUGAAGAUGACCACAUGCAGUUUUCAUGAGAACGCUGGGCUCCUCAUGGUGACACAGCACUGCAGACAUUCCCAGUGCUCCUGCAGUCCAGUAGAUCCAUGCUUCCCCAGGGGGUCAGAAAUCAUUGCGCAGUAAGCCAGGAAGCCAGAGAUCACUGGUAGUGGCCCUGCUUCUAACAAUGUUACUGCAACACACACAGUCAGUUGCAAGGGGGAAAGAGGAGAGGAGGAAGAGAACUAAGAGAAAGAGGAGGAGGAAAGGAAGAAAAGGGCUCAACGUCCUGAUGAAUGAGCCUCUCAAUUCAGCUCAAUCACAAAUUUUUAAAUGAGAAGCCAUUCUUAAUGAUAUCACCAGUAAAUGAGAAAACAUCCACCUGAAUAGUCAAGGGUCUGUGAACUGGCAGCCUCUUGCCAUUCAAAAACAUUAUUUCCAACCUGAAAUUAAAAAAAAUAAAUAAAAAUCGAUAAAACUUAUCCCAAGCAUUUCAGACAGUCUUUUUCAAAGGUUAUUGAUUUUAAAUUCAAUCAGCUCUUCCAGUAGCUGAUUCUGGUUGGGCUGAAAACUCUCACAUCAAAUUUACUCAUCCAGUGGAUAAUUAUUUGAUGCCUACCAUGCUCAAAGCACACAAAUCCUCAGAUAUCCAAUAAUGAAUUGGUUCAGCACUGAUUGUUCAGAUUUUUAAUGACUGCAGAGCGACAGCUCCUAUAAGCAAGAACACUGAAAGUCUCACCAACCCUCAACCUAGAAACAUUUUACCUAUGAUGAAAAGGGGUGGUAGUUUUUGCAGAAGGGAGAAUGAAGGACCCUUUUUAGCUAAAUGCUAUCUCUCACACCAAGAUUCUUGUCUAUUUUUCUGUGGUCAAACAGCAGUAGUCUAUUACUUGCAGAUCUUUUAAUAUUUCCCACCAUUUAAAACAUCUGUGAGAGUUUUAGGAUUUGUUUUGACUGCCAGAUACAGAAGCUCCUUGAAAAUAAAGGAAGGGUGGAAGAGACAUUGUUUAUGUACUACCCCUAUGCUCAAUCAUCAUAACAAGCUCUCUAGAAGAAAGGGACACUUAGAGGGGGAUGAAGGGGGUGGGGGCUAUUUUGAGCCUCCAUCUCUUAAGAGACAGGCUUCUAAGAACGUUGAGACGAGGUUGAGACUAUUCAUAAGAUGAUUUCAAGACAGGAAAGGAUCUGGGAAGAAUUUUGCUAUCAUAUGCAAGGGAAAUUAUAAUAGGACCCAUUGGGCUCAAUAGCACAUGAGUCAGUUCUCUUCUGAUUCUAGGAUUCAGCAAGUUUCCCUGUGAUCAAGACAAACAAAGCCCCGAACAUCUCCUAUGCUUAUUUUAACCACCUGCUCCCAUCAUGGACACUGGUAGCAUGCGUUUCCUAUAAAUGGUUUAAUAGCUUCUGAGUGUUUAUGGAAAUAGAAAGUAUAACUGUGGGGAUCCUGGAAGCUAUUCUAAUGUUUUCCAAAGGAACAGAACCCACACGCUCCCCAGAGCUCCUCCAGUGGUCCCGUAAUGAGGACCUGAGGCAAUGUAUUGCUGGGUGCUUAAAAUCCUCCUUCAGUGAAACACAAAGAAGCUUUGUAAAGAACAUAAGAGCAGGCACACAUUCUCUGCGGGACCCUGUGUGGUGGUGUUUUCACAUCGGUCUCCUUUGCUCAACUCUUUGCUACAUAAUCAGAAAGAAAUGUGGUUUAUGAGGAAGAAAAAACAAGCAAUGGCUAAAAUACCAAAGUUGGCAUGUGUUGUUUUUUUUUUUAAGAAAAAUGCAUAUAUUUUUAAAUAAAAUGUUUAUUUUAAAAAGA